AUGGAAGUCGAACGCACACCUGCAGAAGUGCAAGCGGAGCCUUCAUCUGUCCCUAAUGCAGAAGAGUCGCCAAAGAGAGAACAAACUUCUCCUGCAGCGCCUACAGCAGCUAAUGGCAAUGAAUCUACAGUUACUCCUUCAACACCUAAAGAUUCUCCAAAACCAAAUCCUAGGAAACCUAAAAAGCGAAAACAGAAACUUAGAGAUGUUACAGCACCUCGUCAACCACUUACUGGGUAUGUUCGUUUUUUAAAUGAACGUCGAGACCAGCUACGUGCUGAACAGCCAGACUUAGGGUUUGCAGAGCUGACUCGCCAAUUAGCUAGUGAAUGGAGUAAAUUACCUGCCAAAGAAAAGCAACAGUACUUGGAUGCUGCUGAUCAUGAUAAAGAAAGGUAUGUUAAAGAAUGGACAGAGUAUAAGAAAACUGAUGCCUAUAGAGAAUUCAAGAUAGCACAAAUGAAACAAAAAGGGGGCCCAGCAACAAAGAAAACAAAACACAAUUCACCAGAUCUUAAUGCAUCUGCAGGAAAUAUUGUACCAGUAGAUCAAGGUAAUCUUGUGAAUGCUACCAGUAACAUAGUACAACCAGUGACUGUACCGCGUCAGCAAACUCCUCCACGGCCCAGACCUUGCAUAACACCAGCCUCCGGAGAAGAGUUGCUGGGUGGAGACACUGAUAUACCAAUAUUCACUGAUCAAUUUCUACAGCACAAUAAACUUAGAGAAGCUGAACUCCGGCAGUUACGGAAAGCUAAUUCAGAUUAUGAACAACAGAAUGCAAUACUGCAACGUCAUGCAGAGGAAGUAAGUGGGGCGACGGCAAAACUUCGAGCUGAAACUGCGGCGGCCGCAGAACGCACUGCUGCCCUCUUGAGUCAUCGCCGGGCUCUCGUUGCCGCAUUAGUACAAGGGUUACAUUCGCUGGCCAUACCCGGUGGACCAAGUGGUGCAACCGAACAAAACAUUGACGAGUAUAUGGAAAAACUACAAAGUUUUGCGACUGAGAAUAAAAAUAUACCAGUUCUCAAGCAAGCACAAAAUAUCCUUAACAAAAUUGAACUACCUUUACACUGA